CCCGCGCAAAUUGAAAGGUCCCGGCCGCUGUGCAGCGCUGCGUCUCUGCCCCUCCAGAUCCGCUCAGCCGCAUCGUGUGCUGCGGCCCAGGCCAAAGGAACGUGUCUCCUGGAAAGGGCUUGUGGGCCGCCCUGCCAGUGCCUGUGAGAUGGGAUGGAGCAGUGACCUGCCGUCACUAUUAUCUGGUGCCGCGGGCGGUCUCCUGAGGAUGCUUUGUGCCUAAGACCCCCCCAUCGGUCUCAUUGUGCUGAAGAGGAAAUAUUUAUUCGAGAAUAUUUACCUAACUUAGAAGAAACGUUUAACUUGGCACAAUGGGGAUACACGGAUUACUGCAAUUUAUCAAAGAAGCUUCUGAACCUAUCCACAUGAGGAAAUAUAAAGGGCAGGCAGUAGCUGUGGAUACAUACUGCUGGCUUCACAAAGGAGCUGUUGCUUGUGCUGAAAAACUAGCCAAGGGUGAACCUACCGAUAAGUAUGUCAUAUUUUGUAUGAAGUUUGUAAAUAUGCUACUAUCCUAUGGGAUCAAGCCUAUCCUGGUAUUUGAUGGAUGUACUUUACCUUCUAAAAAGGAAGUGGAGAAGUCUAGAAGAGAAAGAAGACAAGCCAAUCUUCUUAAGGGAAAGCAGCUUCUUCGUGAGGGGAAGGUCUCAGAAGCCAGAGAAUGUUUCACCCGUUCUAUCAAUAUCACACAUGCUAUGGCCCACAGUGUAAUUAAAGCUGCUCGGUCUCAGGGAGUAGAUUGUCUUGUGGCUCCAUAUGAAGCAGAUGCACAGUUGGCCUAUCUUAACAAGGCUGGUAUUGUACAAGCUGUAAUUACAGAGGACUCUGAUCUCCUUGCUUUUGGCUGUAAAAAGGUUAUUUUAAAAAUGGACCAGUUUGGAAGUGGAUUGGAAGUUGAUCAGGCUCGGCUAGGAAUGUGCAAACAGCUUGGGGACGUGUUCACAGAAGAGAAGUUCCGUUAUAUGUGCAUUCUUUCAGGCUGUGACUAUCUCUCAUCGCUGCGUGGGAUCGGAUUAGCCAAGGCCUGCAAAGUACUAAGACUAGCCAACAAUCCAGAUAUUUUAAAGGUUAUCAAGAAAAUUGGACAUUAUCUCAAGAUGAAUAUAACAGUACCAGAAGAUUACAUCAAAGGAUUUAUUCGGGCCAAUAAUACCUUCCUCUACCAGCUAGUUUUUGAUCCCGUCAAAAGAAAACUCGUCCCUCUGAAUGCCUAUGAAGAUGACAUUGAUCCUGAAACACUGAGCUAUGCUGGGCGGUAUGUUGAUGAUUCUAUAGCUCUUCAAAUAGCACUUGGAAAUAAAGAUAUAAAUACUUUCGAACAGAUCGAUGACUACAAUCCAGACACUGCCUUGGGCACCCGAUCAAGAAGUCAUAGCUGGACUGACAAAACAUGUCAAAAGCCAUCUAAUAUUAAUAGCAUUUGGCAUAGGAAUUAUUGCCCUAGACUUGAGCUGGACAUUGUUUCAGAUGCUGCAAAGGUGAAAGAAAAUCCAAGUACUGUGGGCAUUGAACAAGUGAUUAGUACUAAAGGGUUAAAGCUUCCAAGGAAGUCAUCCAUUGCAAAAAGAUCAAGAAGUGAAGAGCUGUCAGAAGAUGAUCUGUUGGAUCAGUAUUCUACUUCCGUUACAAAGAAGAUCAAGAAGAAUAAUUGCGAAGCUAAUAAAUCAUUUAAGUCUUCUGAACUGUUUAUGCCUGAUCUGGUAGACGGAACUACUGAAAAAAGCUUAAGCACACCACCUACGACAAGAAACAAAUUUGCAGCAUUUUUACAGAGAAAAAAUAAAGAAAGUGGUGCAGUCGUGGUUCCAGGGACCAAAAGCAGGUUUUUUUCCGGUUCCUUGGGUUCUGCUGACUUUAUAUCAGAGAAAGCAAGCAGCCAGCCUCUAGAUGAAACUGCUGUCACAGAUAAAGAAACCAGUGUAAAUGAAUCAGAUUGCCUAGAUGGCAAGAAGUUGGUUGAUACCAGUGUAGCAGAUAAUUCAACUGAGCAGAUUCCAGAUGAUGUGACUAUGAUUGCUGAAGAGUCUCAGUCUUUUAAGACCAGCAGAUUCACGAGGACCAUCUCACCACCCACCUUGGGGACACUAAGAAGUUGUUUCAGUUGGUCUGGAAGUCUUGGAGAUUUUUCAAGAACACCAAGCCCCUCUGCAAGCACAGCAUUGCAGCAGUUCCGUAGAAAAAGUUGUUCUCCCAUCUCUCUGCCUGAGAAUAAUGAGAUGUCUGAUGUAUCUCAGUUAAAGGAUGAUGAAUCAAGUGAUGAAUCUUAUCCCUUACGUGAAGUGGGUUGGUCUUCACAGUCUCAGGAAAGCGAAAGCAUGAACUUGUCACCACACAAUUUAAAUGCAUCAAAACUUUCUCAGCCUUCUAGUAAGGAUUCAGAUUCAGAGGAAUCUGACUGCAAUUUUAAGUCACUUGAUAAUCAAGGUAAUCAGAAAUCCAAGCUUCACUUAUUUCAUUUUUCGAAGAAAGACUUGCUUCUAAGGAACAAGGUUCCUGGGCUGUAUAAAUCUAGUUCUGCGGACAAUCUUUCUAUAACCAAGAUCAAACCUUUAGUGCCUGCCAGAGUCAGUGGGCUGAGCAAGAAGCCAUCAAGCAUCCAUAAGAGAAAUCAUCAUGAUGCCGAGAAUAAGCCAGGAUUGCAGAUAAAAAUCAAUGAACUCUGGAAAAAUUUUGUGUUUAAAAAAGAUUCUGAAAAGCUUCCUUCUUGUAAGAAGCCAGAUCCCCUGUCUCCAGUCAAAGAUAACAUCCAACUGACUCCAGAAGAAGAGGAUAUAUUUAACAAUUCUGAAUGUAUGCGUGUUCAGAGAGCAAUAUUUCAAUAAACACAGGCAGCUGGGAGGCUAUUGCCUGCAAGAGAAUCUCUAUCAAUUUCAAGUCCUGUUUGGGAAUGAGGCAGUUAUCACUCUGAAAGAUUUGUUUUUAGAUCUAUGCUAUUUAUUUUUAAGUAGAGUACAUUUUGUAUAUUAACUAUGUAGCUGUUUUUGUUUAGCUUUUUAUAUUUUCAUAAGAAGCUAACUAGAGAAAUGAUUUUGGUUUUGACAGGUUUUAGAAGUUUUAAUGUUAAUUAGGCAAGCGCCUUGGGACUUAACGAAAAUCUAAAGAUUUCUGUAAUGUUGUCAAGUACAAGGAUAGUAAAUGGAAAAGCACAAUUCUAUAGUCAUUUUAUCCUAGAGGAAAUUACUGUAUGUCUCCAAGCUAUAAUGUUUUCACCUGCCUUUCCUGUCUGUUUUUCAGGGUUGAAUUGGAAAUACAGUUGCUGGGAUGGGAGGGGUAGUUGGAAGGGUUAAAGAUCAUUGCAUAAAUGGGACAGUGCUCUGUUAUUCCUGAAGAGUUUGGUUGGGUUACAGAUUGACGGUAAAGGAAAAUUGCUUUCAGCAUCAUAUGAAAGGAGCUACUUCUUGCAUCAUUAAUAUUCUUAAACUUCAAAAUUGCCUGUUUCUCUUAUAUAUCGUUUUUGAAGUGUGGGCUAAAAACUCCUUAACGUAUAUUUAAAAU